AUGAAGUGGCUAAUUCUAAAGAACGCUGCUAAUUCCGUUCCCUAUGCCAUUGGCCGAGUUUUACACUCCAACCCCGAAAACGACGUAAAUAGAGGAAACAGGUGUUUCACAAUUUCAGCUAAGGAUGUGAAGUACUUAGAAGAGGCGAAUUUGUUAGAUGAGGUGUCUCUCACGGCGUUGAAAAGGCAUCCAACUGAGUCUUACAAACUUCCGCUCGGGGCGCCUCAAGCUCCUGGAUCAGGUUAUAUUCUUUACGACCUGAGAAAGUUUUCCAUCGACGAUACCCCGCUGAGCUUCUCUUGUGGGACGCUUCUCACAGGUUUCUCCGACGAAGUGACGGACUGGGGUCUCGCUGUCUCCGCAAGUGAAGGAAAUGGAGCCCCUUCGACCGGGCCCGCUAUGUGUUGGUGUGUGGACGAGUUAGAGAGCGGCCCAUAG